AUGGAUGUGGAUGAAGGAUAUGCCGACUUGGAGCACCAACAUCAACCAUUGCCUCAACCAAACGUCGAUAUGGAAUUCAUUGGGCCUGGGGAUCACCUGUAUCGAAACUAUCAUACGGGUCUCAAUGCCAGACCAUGCAACAUGGAUGGUAUAUUCCUCCUCCCUGGCACUCCGCUCCCACCUUUGGAGAACGUAGCAACUGACGACUGGACACCCUUUCACAAUCAUACAGAAUUCGAAACGGCAGAGUUCCUGUAUACGCAAAAUCAGAUGCCGGCAGGUCAAAUUAACCGGUUGCUGGAUUUAUGGGUGUCUACCCUUGCGAAACACAACGACAAGCCACCAUUUGCAGAUCAUCAUGAUCUGUACGACGUCAUCGAUAGUUCACCAUUUGGGGACGUGAAUUGGCAAAAUUUUACAGUAACCUACGAUGGUGAGAGACCUGAAGAUGGUACCAAGCCGUGGAUGGACGACAAAUACAAAGUCUGGUUUUGUGACCCAUGUGAAGUCGUGUGCAAUAUGCUUGCAAAUCCAACAUACGCCAGUGAAAUAGACUACUGCCCCUAUCAAGAAUAUUCAACUGAGGGCGACAAGCACCAGUGGAAGGAUUUUAUGUCUGGUGACUGGGCAUGGGAUCUGUUACGUCGACUGAUGGGUCUUCUCAGCGACGACUCGAGUGAGUCUACUGAAGCUGAGCGUGGUCUGGCCUUGACGGAACGUCAAGGAUUCCUCCGGCAAUCUCGUAGAUGCGCAGGCGGCGCACCGCCGCGCGGGGAGUCUAGCAGAGCGGGGGCAGGUGUAGGGAGAGCUGGGGCUCUAGAUCAGGCAGAUAAAAUAGCUAAAGACCCGAGCACACUCGGCUCUACGUUUGUCCCUGUCAUCCUUGGCAGUGACAAAACGACGGUUUCAGUCAGGACAGCCCAUCGUGAUGGAGUAGCAGUCAUUGGCUUCCUUGCUAUGCCGAAAACUACAAAGGAACAUGCUACCGAGGCACUGUUCCAUUCGUCACUCUCCAAGAUUCUCAACACACUGAAACCAGGCAUGACAACCCCUGAAGUCACUCGUUUUGGAGACGGUCACUACCGUCGGGUUAUAUACGGACUAGGGCCAUACAUAGCAGAUUAUGAGGAGCAAGCACUGUUAGCAUGUAUCGUGCAUGAUGUAUGGCAUCUCGCAAGGAUCUCGACGAAGAUGUGUUACGUCAUUGUCACGAAUACACAGAAGCACUCAUUCAAGAAGAUAUUCUCUAUCAACUCAUCAAAGGAACAUUCAAGGACCACCUCAUCGAAUGGGUCGAGAAAUACCUCAGACACAUGCAUACAAAAUGAAAGGCGGAUCAAAUUAUGGAUGAUAUUGAUUGCAGGCUUGCGACGAUUUCCUCAGGGACAUGGCUUCAAGCAGUGGACAGGAGAUUAUUCGAAGGCCCUGAUGAAGGUCUACUUGCCUGCCAUCGAGGGUCAUGUACCCAUAGAUGUCGUGCGCACCUUUCGUGCACUUCUCGAAUUUUGUUACCUAUGUUAUGGAGAGACACAGAAUCUGAGACGAUCUGUCCAACACCAAGUCAAGUCCAUUCUCUAG